AUGAGUAAUAGGCCAAUACCACCAUUGGGUGCUACACAACCUAAGGUAUCUAUAGAGGCACAGAAAGGGGCAGAGGAGGAGAGGAUGAUUAGAAGAUAUAAAGAGGAAGAUGAUGAUGAUGAUGAUGAUGGUGAUGAUGGUCAACAUAGACUACAUGAACAGAUAGAUAGAGAGAGGGAGAAGGCUAGACGGAAAAGGGAAGAGGCAGCAGCAGCUGCAGCAGUUGUAUUGGAGGACCUAGCCCAUGGUAUGGCUACACCAUGUAUACUUGAUCUGAAGAUGGGUGCUAAACAACGUGCAGUAAGAUAUGGUUUAUCUAAAGCUAAGAUGGAGAGUAAAUUGAAGAAAUCACGACAGACAACAAGCCAUAGUUUAGCAUUUCGUAUGUGUGGUGUACAAUUAUAUGAUAGGAUUAGUGGUGAAAGGGUAUAUUAUAAUAAAUAUUAUGGAAGGAAACAAUCUGAACAAGGAGUAUUCCAGACUAUUAAUACCUUUUUUGAUUCAAUUCAAGAACCAUAUAAGAAGAUACUUAUUAAAAGGCUUGUUGAUAAGUUAGAGAGGCUUCUUACUAUACUACAAUCUCUUAAUGGUUUUCGGUUCUGGUCUGGUAGUCUACUAUUUGUAUUUGAUGGUCCAUCUACCACCCUAGAACAGGUUGGGAAGAUGACGACGACAACGACGACAUUCAAGGUGGUCCCUGAGGUGGAGGCUGACACUUAUGAUAAUACCAAACACUCUUUUUGGAAGGAUUACGUCGCCCAAAGGAAGCCUUGUGUAAUACGUGGUGGUAGUAAGGAUUACAUCAAACGUAUGAGUAAUGAUAAUAUGAUUAGAGUAGCUGGGGAGGAUAUGGUAACAGCUGAGGAGAGGAAAGAUAUGUCGGAGGGUUUUGGUAAGACCGAUUGGAAUGAUGAUAAAAGGCUUCAUAUCCCUUUUAAGGAUUUCAUCAAUAAAGUAACUACUGGUAAAGUGUAUAUGACUACACAAGAUAUACCUUUAUCUGAGUAUGAUGGUGGUCCUAUAAAGAGGAUGGGUACACAUAUACAGAAACUUAUAGAUAACAAACUGAUACCUAAGAAUCCAAGUAUAUUAGAGGAUACUGGUCUAACACAAUAUCAGGUUAAUAUGUGGUUUGGCGAUGCUAAAGAUGGGAGGAUGGAGCCAGAGUGGAGGAUGUGGGACAAUGGAGAGGAAGAGGAAGAGGAGGAGGAGGAAGAGGAGGCACAGCUUGAUAAGCUACUCGAUAUUGCUAUUGCUGAGGGGAAUUUCGAUGAUGAUGAUGAGGAGGAAGAGGAGGAAGAGGGACCAGAGGGUAAGAAAAGGAAGGUGGUGAUGGAGGAGGAGGAGGAGCUCAAGAAUCAAGGACCAUCCCACUUCUGUAAUACUACUAUCAUCACUAUCGAUGAUACUGGUGAUAUUAUGUUAUAUCAUACUCCUCUACACAAGGAGAAGAAGAAAAAGAAGAAGAAGGAGGUGGACAUCUUGCAGUUAACUAUUGGUAUCAUCCCCCAGUGUAUGGAGGUACUUAUGAUAAACCAUAUGUUGAUAAUUACUGGUCUGAGAGAUGGGAUACUAUCCUAUCAGCUUAAACCACCUUAUCAUUAG